UGAUCCGUUGAGAAAACAAGUCCUUUGAAAGUUUAUAAAACGCAAAAAGAUAACUACUUCUCUCUCUUCUCUCUUAUCGAAACACUUCUCUCCCUCUCUCUCUAUUUUUCUGCAUCUUCUUUUCUUCAUUGCUUUUGCUGUAUGAAUAAUGGCUGCCAUUUCUUCUCUCUCUUUCGCUGCGGCCACUCCGGCCUCUGAAAGGAAGGGAUUAUGUCGCCCCACUCUCUCUAACAAUCUCUUCAACAUUGAACCCUUUCGCCUGCGAUCCACCAAUGGCUCCUACCUCGUCAAUGCUCGCUCCAUCGCCUCCUACUCUCCUUCGAUUAUUCGCUGUGUCAGCUCUGCAACUGAUGUGCCUACUGUUGCUGAAACAAAGGGCAAUUUUUUGAGAUCCUACAAGCGUCCUAUUCCUAGCAUAUACAAUACUGUAUUGCAAGAACUCAUUGUUCAGCAACAUCUCUUGAGAUACAAGAGGACUUAUCAGUAUGAUGCUAUAUUGGCUCUUGGUUUUGUCACUGUUUAUGAUCAGCUCAUGGAGGGUUUUCCAAGUAAUGAAGACCGUGAUGCCAUUUUCAAAGCUUACGUAGAAGCACUGAAGGAAGAUCCUGAACAAUACAGAAAUGAUGCAAAAAAAUUGGAAGAAUGGGCCCGUGCUCAGAAUGCAAAUUCAAUAGUUGACUUUAGUUCUCGGGAAGGAGAAGUUGAGGCAAUCUUGAAAGAUAUAUCGGGACGUGCUGGGGGAAAGGGAAAUUUCAGCUAUAGCCGUUUCUUUGCAAUUGGUCUGUUUCGUCUUCUAGAGUUGGCGAAUGUAACAGACUCUGCUAUUUUGGAAAAGCUUUGUGCUGCUCUGAAUGUAGACAAAAGGAGUGUGGAUAGGGAUCUUGAUGUAUAUCGCAACCUUCUCUCCAAAUUGGUCCAGGCAAAGGAGCUCUUAAAGGAAUAUAUUGACAGAGAGAAGAAGAAAAGAGAAGAGAGAUCGGAAUCUCAGAAGGCCAACGAAGCAGUUACAAAAUGUGUCGGAGAUUUCCAUUAUGCUGUACAAUAGGUCCUCUAUACGACAGCUUCCGACUAUAGCACUCAUCUCCAUGUUAUUCUGAUCCUUUGGUGAUUUACUUAGUUGAUGCAGAUUGGAGUCUCCAAGUUUCUCUACUUACACAACUCAAAAGAGGUUAUAGUCCGGUUUUUCUAAUUUUAAUGCUUUGUACUUAGCCAAUAAAUCAAUGUAACGGCUGUUCUCAUCUUUUUCUAUUGCUGAUACUUUCUACAUCAAUUGGCAGUAUGAGCACAGAAAUGCAUUUUCCAGUGUGAUACAGAGAAGUCUCCACAACCAUUUAAUGGUAUUGUUUGUACUAAAAAUUAUAUUUGUGGAUGAACGUUUAUCUUCUCAGAUUGACCAUUUUGUUCAUCUAUGGUAUGAAAUAGGUGGAGUUACAUGGGACGGAGUUGGACUGUUCCGCAUUGCUUGA